CUUCCUUCUCUCAUGAUGCGUACAUUUACACGACGGCUCAGUUCUUAUUUGUGUAGAAGGAAUCCUGAGAUUGCUCCCGCUCGCAGGUUCUCAUCCUUAAAUCGAAGAGAUGAGCUCUCACUUGAGGAGGAUGCUGAAAGGAAAAUAGGAUGGCUGUUCAAACUUAUUUUUGCUGGGACUGCUACACUUGUUGCUUACCAGUUUUUCCCUUACAUGGGUGAUAAUUUGUUGCAACAGUCUGUGUCUCUCUUGCAAGUCAAGGAUCCAUUGUUUAAAAGGAUGGGAGCAUCCAGAUUAUCCCAGUUUGCAAUCGAUGAUGAGAGACGAAUGAAAAUAGUAGAGAUGGGUGGAGCACAGGAGCUUUUGAAUAUGUUAGGGACUGCCAAGGAUGACCGUACACGGAAAGAAGCUUUGAAGGCUCUUGUUACCCUUUCACACUCAGAUGAAGCUGUCAAUGCUCUGCACCUGGCUGGGGCGAUCUCAGUUAUUAGGUCAACUCCAGAUUCUUCUGAGGAUCCUGAAGUCAUGGUCCAAAAGUGCAGCUUGCUGAAGAGGUUCCAAGAUAUGAAAUAUGAUACAUCUUGAAUUUUAAUAGAUUUGGUUAGACUGGAAAGCAUAUGCUUAUUAGUUAUUCUCAUUUACGUUUUGAUAGUUUUGUCCAAAUCUUAAGGGAAAAUCUAUUCCUAUCUAUAAAACAGAUAGAUGGAAGUUUUCUGUGCCAUUUUUGCAAAAAUAAUUGAAUUGUAAAUUAUCUGGAGGAUUUUUUAUGGUUACGAUAUUCUGCUUAAUUCAGGUUCUCCCUGAUUUAUAGAGAUUGACUCCAAGAAA